AUGUACCAUUUCCUCAUCAUCAACUCAACCAGCUCCUCAACAACUCAACCAACUCCUCAACAACUCAACCAUCACCAAAUAAACUCAACCAUCUCCUCAUCAACUCAACCAUCUCCUCAUCAACUCAACCAUCUCCUCAUUAACUCAACCAUCUCCUCAUCAACUCAACCAUCUCCUCAUCAUCUCAACCAUCUCAUCAACUCAACCAUCUCCUCAUCAACUCAACCAUCUCCUCAUCCACUCAACCAUCUCCUCAUCCACUCAACCAUCUCCUCAACAACUCAACCAUCUCCUCAUCAUCUCAACCAUCUCCUCAUCAACUCAACCAUCUCCACAUCAACUCAACCAUCUCCACAUCAACUCAACCAUCUCCUCAUCAACUCAACCAUCUCCUCAUCAACUCAACCAUCUCCUCAACAACUCAACCAUCUCCUCAUCAACUCAACCAUCUCCUCAACAACUCAACCAUCUCCUCAACAACUCAACCAUCUCCUCAUCAACUCAACCAUCUCCUCAUCCACUCAACCAUCUCCACUCACUCACAUCCCUCACCAUCAACCAUCUCCUCAACAACUCAACCAUCUCCUCAUCAACUCAACCAUCUCCUCAUCAACUCAACCAUCUCCUCAUCAAGUCAACCAUCUCCUCAUCAUCUCAACCAUCUCCUCAUCAACUCAACCAUCUCCUCAUCAACUCAACCAUCUCCUCAUCAACUCAACCAUCUCCUCAACAACUCAACCAUCUCCUCAUCAUCUCAACCAUCUCCUCAACAACUCAACCAUCUCCUCAUCAACUCACCAUCUUCCCAUACUUAGAACCAUCAUCAUCAACAUCACAUUUCAUAAUCAACCAAUUACCUUAUAUACUCAACCCCUCAUCUUAACAUUCUAUAACGUCAACACUAUAUUCACCAUCUCCACAUCAAUCACCAUCUCCUCAUCAACUCAACCAUCUCAUCAUCAACUCAACCAUCUCCUCAACAAGUCAACCAACUCCUCAUCAUCUCAACCAUUUCCUCAACAACUCAACCAACUCCUCAUCAACUCAACUAUCUCCUCAUCAUCUCAACUAUCUCCUUAUCAUCUCAACCAUCUCCUCAUCAACUCAACCAUCUCCUCAUCAACUCAACCAUCUCCUCAUCAACUCAACCAUCUCCACAUCAACUCAACCAUCUCCUCAUCAUCUCAUCCAUCUCCUCAUCAUCUCAACCAUCUCCUCAUCAACUCAACUAUCUCCCCAUCAACUCAACCAUCUCAUCAUCAACUCAACCAUCUCCUCAACAAGUCAACCAACUCCUCAUCAUCUCAACCAUUUCCUCAACAACUCAACCAACUCCUCAUCAACUCAACUAUCUCCUCAUCAUCUCAACUAUCUCCUCAUCAUCUCAACCAUCUCCUCAUCAUCUCAACCAUCUCCUCAUCAUCUCAACCAUCUCAUCAACUCAACCAUCUCCUCAUCAACUCAACCAUAUCCUCAUCAUCUCAACCAUCUCCUCAUCAUCUCAACCAACUUAUCAACUCAACCAUCUCCACAUCAACUCAACCAUCUCCUCAUCAACUCAACCAUCUCCUCAUUAACUCAACCAUCUCCUCAUCAACUCAACCAUCUCCUCAACAACUCAACCAUCUCCACAUCAAUUCAACCAUCUCCUCAUCAACUCAACCAUCUCAUCAUCAACUCAACCAUCUCCUCAACAAGUCAACCAACUCCUCAUCAUCUCAACCAUUUCCUCAACAACUCAACCAACUCCUCAUCAACUCAACUAUCUCCUCAUCAUCUCAACUAUCUCCUUAUCAUCUCAACCAUCUCCUCAUCAACUCAACCAUCUCCUCAACAAGUCAACCAUCUCCUCAUCAUCUCAACCAUCUCCUCAUCAACUCAACUUUGUCCUCCACUUUCCUUCUUCCCACUGUACUUUAG